AUGGAGGACAGAUCUCAGGCAGUAAAGAAUGAUCUGUUUCUCCUUACAGGUGAUGGUGUGGGUGAUAUUUGUGAGAAGGAUUUUGAUAACGACACCAUCAUUGAUCCCAUUGAUGCCUGUCCAGAAAAUGCUGAAGUUACCCUGACUGACUUCAGAGAGUACCAGACAAUCGUUCUAGACCCUGAGGGAGAUGCACAGAUAGACCCCAACUGGGUGGUGCUAAACCAGGGAAGAGAAAUUGUCCAGACUAUGAACAGUGAUCCUGGUUUGGCUGUUGGCUACACCGCAUUCAGUGGCGUGGAUUUUGAAGGAACGUUUCAUGUAAAUACGGUGACGGAUGACGACUAUGCUGGCUUCAUCUUCGGCUACCAGGACAGCUCCAGUUUUUACGUGGUGAUGUGGAAGCAGGUGGAGCAGAUCUAUUGGCAGGCGAACCCGUUCAGAGCCGUGGCACAACAAGGCAUUCAGCUGAAGGCAGUGAAGUCAAGCACAGGUCCCGGUGAGAAUCUGAGGAACGCCCUGUGGCACACAGGAGACACCAGUGACCAGGUUAAACUCCUUUGGAAAGAUCCUCGCAAUGUUGGGUGGAAGGACAAGACUUCAUACCGCUGGUUCCUUCAGCACCGCCCUGCUGAUGGCUACAUCAGAGUUCGUUUCUUUGAGGGUUCUCAGAUGGUGGCAGACACUGGGGUCAUCAUAGACGCCACGAUGAGAGGAGGCCGACUGGGGGUCUUCUGCUUCUCCCAGGAGAACAUCAUCUGGGCCAACCUGCGUUAUCGCUGCAACGACACUCUUCCUGGGGACUUUGAAACCUACAGAGCGCAACAAGUGGAGCUGGUGGCCUGAGGUUGGAAAGCAAAUCCUUUACAACCAAGAAGGGAGGAAGAAGAAACAUCAAUAAUAAACCAAUCCAGACAUGACCAUCUAUGCAAUCAGCAGAUGCGUUUGGAUUGUUGAAUAUGGAAAAUAUGUCUAUUCUAAAUGAUGUUCCUGAAAACUUUUGUGAAUAAAUAAAAAACAAUUUAACUAAAUUAGAAAUGUGAAUGAAGUUUCUCCAUCAUAAAACAGAAA